CCCAAAACCACCAUGAUCACGUAUUCAUCAUCAUCGUCACCGUCGGAGCUCACCGCAGAGCACAUCAAUGGCGGCCUCCGUUAGGUUCUGCUUCUCCAAGGCAAUGGAAUUACGGUGGGCGACGACGAAGACAGCCAAGAACAUUCCCAACAAGCCCGCCAGGGUGGGCUUGUCAAUCCCGGUCUACCUCUCCACAAACCCUUCCCACGUCAACCCCGGCUCGCUCCGGGACCUCUUUGUCUCCUGCAACAGGUCCUGCCACGCGUUCCCCCGGAUAGGCCCCGACGGGCGGGUCGAGGAAGGAGACAUUGCAGGCGUUGACAAGCUCCGCGUUGCGCUCGAUCACAGCUCCGUGGUCGUCUCCGUGUUCUGCGAGCCUCGGGACUUGCCUGUCGACGGUGAUGGGAUUGAGGAGCAGAGGGCGUCGAGCGUCGGGGAUUUGAUGAGGAGGGUGGUGCCGCCUGCGGUCACUCCGUAUAGCGGGCAGCUGGUGGGGUUCGGUCGAGCAGUGUCAGACAAUGGGCUGACAGCUUCCAUUUACGACGUCAUGGUUGUUCCUCCGCUGCAGAGGAUGGGUAUCGGCCGGAUGAUUGUUCAACGGAUUGUAAGAAUCCUCACGGGGAAAGAUAUUUACGACAUAGCGGCUCUCUGCUCUGAUGAUGACAGGUUGUUCUUCGAAGCAUGUGGAUUUGGAGACGACAUUCUAGGAUCCACAACAAUGAUGUAUACAAGGGCCAUUACCGGUAGUAGCACUGAUGGGAGUGGAGGGUUCAGACGCGUGGGUCGUAAGUUAUUAUUGGUUCCGACAUUUAAGGAGUUCCAUUCUCAAUCAAGGAUUAGAAACUCAUAAGAGUGAGGCACUACUCUCAGUCGAAGAAAAGAUGGGGAAGGUUCUCUGUCUGAUCAUUUGAUCGGUAAACAGUUUUCAAGCUGAGCUUUUCUCUCAAAAAGACUGUACAGUAUGUAAAAAUUUAUAUCAUAUUUAAUGACCAAUGCCCUGUUGAAUAUAUUCUUGCCCAUCAACAAUGCACUUUGUUGUUGGAAAGAUGGCAAUAAGAUUUUGCCAA